CCUCUGUGUAAUAAAAUCGAUAUAAUCUACACUGGGAACUCAGAGGUCAUUGCCGGAGGGAGCCAGUGUUGGAGUCAAAGGUCAAGUAAGCGCAGGUUUCCAGUAACACAACAGGCAUCUGACACAAUGCAAUUACAGAGUUACAUCCCUUUAGAGGAGUAAACAUACCACAAGGCGGCGCAGACAAGCGCGAGACUCGAGCUGGGAAUCAAAGCGACAGGUGAAGAGGUGGAAGUGUGUUCAUUUCAAACAUGAAAGUUUUACUAAAUCGAACAAUCUAAAAUCAUGUCUUCCCGUCACAAUCGGGACGAGAAAAGGUUAUCCAAGCAUCUAACCGUGACGUCUAAAUGUCUCGCUAUCGUGCUGGAAGAAAAGGAAAAGUGUGGAGAUGAAAAUUCUGCUACACUUGAGUCAACGGUCAGUGUUCACAAUGGGAAGGAACUACUGGAGGAUUUCAAACUUCGUAACAAGACAUGUUACUGGAACCCCGCUCUUGUUGAAAGUAUAAGGAAUUUAGGAUAUAAAGGAUUUGUGGAACCGUCCACUGUGCUCGUAGUGGGGAAUGAAAUACAUCUAGAAAACCUGCGCACUGCGUGGGGAAGAAGAUUGUUGAAGGCACCAGCAGGCUUUACAAUAGAGAGGAUCGGUGAUGUGAAUGGUAUUGAGAUGCAGGUCAUUCCCCAGACCCAAUUCAUCCCUCUGCCAGAUGCUUUGUGCUUGAUCAUUAUGGAUUUAAAUAACCGACGGAUUGUGGCCACAUUGGACACUAUCAAGGAAAAACUUGUGGAAUGGUACCGAGAGAUGACAAUGCCCAAUGAUCAGUUAAUUUUUGACACACUAGGAGCUCUGAUUAGAGAACGGAAGGUCUUUCACUCAGAUUGCAUGGGGAAUCCAGGGACUGGGUAUUUUGUCGUGACACCAGAAACAUAUCGACUCACAUCUGAUGAUCAAAAUGUAACUUUCAAUACUUCAUGGCUGCCAUACCACCCCAUGUACAUACCAGUGUUCCCACAAAUUCAGAAUAUACCCACGCAGCUUCAACAUCUGCACCACCUACAGCACAUACAACAUCAACAGCAGCAGCAGCUCCACAUGCGGGCCCCAAUGAGAUCCAUCUCAUGCCAGGCUGACAUGAAUGGCAAGGUGCAAGCCCAUCACAAUACUGCUGAUGUGGGCAAAGACAGCAGUGAGAACAAAAAGGCAAAUAAGCAGCGACCUCGCAGUCAGAGCAUGCGGGGCCUUAAGACUAGGGAAAAGGAAAAGGAACGGAACAAGGCUACAGUCAAUGAGAAUGAUGAUGCACUGAAGCGUACCAUGUCCGUUAGGUACAAGACCGACAAGGUCAAAGCCAUCAACAAGGACAUAAACCUGAAGACCAGCAACAUUAAUCAAGACAAAGAAAAAGGAGAGAAGGAGAAGAUUUCUCUUUUCUCUAAAAUAUUUGGCCGGAAUAAGAAGAAGAAUGUAGCAAGUCCUCCGCCAGCUGUUGUGAAGGAUGUAGAGUAUGCAACAUUCUCUGCACAGUUCCCUCCCCCUGAGUGGCAUUGGUAUCAGCAACAAGUGGAGAAACAGAGACGCACAGAAGCGUGGGUUAGUCAGCAGAUAGCAAAGUCGUGUACCCUGCAAUACCUCCAAAACAUGGCGCCACCUGACAGCUCACUGAAUACUGUUCACUACACUGAGGCCAGGCUAGCUGUAGCAAAUCAUGGCAGUCAGGCCAUCUCCAGGCCACAGAGCAAACAGCAAGAAAACAAUAACAUCUGCGAUAGAAAAGUGCAUGGACGACGCCAUGGAACAAAGUCAAAAAAAGAUAAGACAAAUGUGAAUGAACAAAAUCUGAGAGAGAAUGAAGCAGUGUUGUUUGUUCAUGAAGAGACCAUGCCGACAGUAUCUCUGUCCCCUGUACCAGCAGUGGAUGAUGAAAUUUAUCAGUCUGUCAUUGGCAGUAAGUCUGCUGGACCAAGACAUUCAACUCCACGAGUUUAUGAUACUAUUCCCUUACAUCGAGAUGUUGGGGGCUACCGUGAGCAUACUCUUAAUAAUCAAGAUGAUUUAGAUCAGUUUUCUUGCCAUCCUCAUCAUCAAAGACGUUCUCAUCGCCCAAGAAGGAAGGGGGAUCACAACAGUGGAAGCUAUUAUGAUAAUCAACAUCAAAGUGACAUAAGUUUUGAGUAUAAAGGAAGAAUGCCUAUAAAAAAUUCUCUGUGUGUCCAGUCCCGAGACAGUGGUGUCAACUGUGUUGGGCUGUCCACCAACAGUAAAAACAAUGAUCAUCAAGGUGUUCACAUUGCUACUGUUCAGACACCAGAUCCAGUAAUGGUGAGAAAUAAGUUGGAUAAUUUGGAGGAAGAAGCCCAGACCACAGAGCAAGAGUUUGUGCAUCUCAAUAAUACCAUGAUAUCAGAGUACCAAGCAGAGCUCGGCCAACCUUCUCUAUACAACAACUGUUAUGAUAGUUCUAUGAAUGAGGACAAUGGUGGUAUGCGAAUAGUAUGUGAAGCUGAAAUCAAUCACAAACUGAUACCUGAAAUUGUUCUUGAAUCAGAGCCUCACCGAGUGAUGAGUUGUCAAGAUGUUGCUGAGCUUGCUAGUAAUGGUGGCAGUCGGGAUGCUCUCAACAGUGAGAAGAGCUAUGACACAGUAGUAGCUGUCAAGAAGUGUGAGGAUACCUCUCUAAGUAAUGACAAGAAGAACUCAGAAAUUUUCAGUGGUGAUGUGUGUGAGCUUAGUCUUGUGGAUAGUGGAUUUAGUUCUCCAAGAAAUGUUAACACUGGUGCAUUGGAGCCUUCAAAACAGUCUAACAAUAUAUUGGAAGGGUGCUCUGACAUUAAGAAUCACAAACAGUUCAUGAAGACACAACCUCAGGUCCCUCAUAAUUCUCCAAAGGAAAAGUGUCCGAUGAAUGUAGAACACCGUCACAAACACUCCACUCACAUGCUCAACAAUCAGAGACACUCAAGAGGUUACAAGUAUGACACAGGAGAUAGUGUACCAAAUAGAGUCUCCAAAGAUCUCCAUGUAUUUCAGCAGCAGCAACUUAGUUCCAAAAGGUUUGGCCUGAAUGGAGAGUUUGAAGUGGUUGGAGUUGUGUGAGGCUUGAACUAUAAGUCAUUCCUCUAUUCACUUAUACACCUUCAUCACUUGAAGGGUAUGCAAAAUAUCACAUUUACAGAGCAGAGAGCAUUUUUUAAAUCACCUGUACUGUUUAACAAGACUUUGAUGUCUUAUCAUUUAUCAGUAUUGUGGUUAAUAAAGUCAAUUUCACAGCCAUAGCCAGCACCACAUUGGAUACUUAAUCUAGUUUGCUGUUAACAGGCUUACAGUGUCCAUUGAUUUUUUGCACUUUUGUAGGUGAUCUGUGAUCUAGACUGAUAGAAUUGAUGAUUGUAGAAUUUAUAAUUAUAGAAUUGCGAUUAAUGUGCGAGUCAUUUAUGAGGUCCCUGUCAACUAGAACUACCUGUGUUUUACUUUUGAUCACAUCCAUCAUUCAUAAUUCUUUUCUCAAUCACAGGCUAAAAAGUCUUGAUAUGCCAGCUAUAUACCAGUAAUUGUUUCUGAUAUAUGAUGGAGUAAAUUCAUAGUCCUUUAUGGCCACUGUAAUUGGAUGUGUAUGGUCAAAGUUGACAGAGGUCAGUCAGGGCACAUUAACAUGGACAUUAAUGUAGGAGUAAACAAAUCAUUCUUCCAUUAUUGAAGAUAAACUAAAAAUAACUUUGUUAACACCUGUCAUGUGAUUGAAGUGGCAAUGUCACUGUCCAAGUAUUUCAUUCAUUAAAGCAAAGAGUAUUGUCAUUAUAUGGUAACACCCAGCAUGCUGUAGCAUAAUGAUUAGCUUAGAUUAAUUGUCAACUUCACCAAUCAGGAAAGAAGUAUCAACAUGCACAUUAUCUUACAGACUUGAGUUUUAACACUAGGAAUUUGACAAAA